AAGUAGAGGUACUUUAGCCAACACCCAAAACCAAUCAACUCAAACCAUUACAAUCAACACCCAAGGCAUAAAUGAAAAAUGUCAAACCAGUACAAUUAAUACCUAAGGUCUAAGCCAUUAAGAUCAUGGGAGUGACCUAAUAAAUUAAACUAUUUGUUUCAAUCUUCCACAUAAUGAGCAGCCAUAAGUCGUUGAUAAUGAAAGGUAAGAGUAAGAAUUUAAGAUGCUCUUUGCUCUUAGCUAUAAGCCUAAAUCUUCUACACAAAACAAUAGCAGAAGUAGAGCGUAAGGUCACUCAAUUCAUCACCCGCCAAGUAUCUGAGGCUAGCAGAUGUGAAGAUUUCAUCGACACAAAUCUUGAAGGGAAGUUCUCAGAAUCUGAGGCAGCUAAACUUGUGAAAAUCGCUCUGCUUUGCACAGGCCGUCCAUGGACAAUGCGAUGCAAGAACUAAGUGAAUUAGUUGACAGUUCUUAAAUUCCUAGGGAACUCUGAAGUCAUUGCCUUGCCUUGAGGCAAGUUUCAACUAUUUCUAAUUAACAUCUAUUUAUUUUAUUUUAUUUUUUUGUAUUUAUUUCUGACAUAUGGUUGAUGUGGGAUGUUGGCUACUAAAUGUAUCUAAUGGCAUGUUGUUUUCCCAAGGACUGUGCCAACCUGAUCAUGGCUGUAAUUUGUGGGUGGGAAGAGAAAUGUGGCUACUAUGUAGAACUCCACCCUUGUAAUCGUCUUAGCUUAAUUUUAGUUAGUUGAAACAAAAUUGUUAAUUUCAG